AUGGCUGCAAGGGCUGUAAAGCGUUUAGCCGGUAACGGUACCGGACAGAGUUUGGUCGACAGAAUGACUUCCAUGAAGCAUAGCCUUGCUGGAUCCUUAAUAGCCAAAACUAUUUGCAAGGCUACCACAGAGGAGAUGAUUGCUCCCAAAAGAAAGCAUCUUAAUAUUUUGGUUAACUGUACAUACGAACCUCGUCUUUCCAUGCCAGAAUUUGCCAAUUAUAUCAUUGGUCGGUCACACAACAGUAGCUGGGUCGUCUCCUUUAAGGCUCUUAUCACGAUCCACCAUUUGAUGAAUAAUGGAAGUGAGCGGUUUUCUCAGUAUCUCGCAUCGAAUAAUUGUCAACUCGCUACACCUAGAUCAUUUGAGAAAAGUGGUUCACAAGCCACAAUGUUUUUGUUUAUUCGUCAUUAUGCUCGUUAUCUUGAUGCUCGAUGUUCCAGUUAUCGCGAGGUAGCUUUCGAUUUCUGCAAAAUUAAACGAAAAAAUGAUGAUGUGAACAUGAAGACUAUGCCUCAAGCUAAACUCUUUCGCGUUUUACCUCCCCUUGAACGACAAAUUGAUGCCCUUUUGGCUUUCGACGCUUCUUCAAGUGAACUCUUCAAUGGCGUGGUUCUAGCGGCAUAUAUACUCCUCUACAAAGACCUCAUUCGCCUCUAUGCUGUUUAUAAUGAAGGCAUGAUCAACAUAAUCGAGAAGUUCUUCUCAAUGUCGAAAAAGGACUGUCAGGAGUCUUUACGUAUAUACAAAACAUUUCUCAGGCGUAUGGAAAGUGUUAAUCAGUUUAUCAAAGUCGCUGAAGCCUGUGAUUCGCUCCAGUUACACGACGGUUUCGGCAAGCAGUCACUGAUAUUCAAACCUGUACCCACGUCUGUUCUCGAUGCUUUGGAAGCACAUUUGGCACACCUCGAAGGCAAGAAAUCUAAUGAUAAAAAUAAGGCUUCUCCAACUCUUUCUUCUCCCUCAACGCCAGUGACUGCAGACCUGCUCAAAUUACAAGACUCUAGUAAUCAGAAUCUCUCCAUUGAACAGCAACGAAUUAUUGAGGAGGAACGUCUGCGCCUAGAGGCAUUCGUGAGCCAAGCUCGAGCCAAAUGCGUCAACAACACUCCUGAACAUGGUUCCACCAGCAACGUAGAGCGGUCUAACAGUGAUGGCGAUCUUCUACAACUCUUCUCACCUACUGAGACAGCGGCAACGUCACAACCCUCUAGUGGUCUGUUUGAUGACUUCUUUUUCCUUCCUGCUGUACCAGCAUCGAGUAGCCACUUGGCAUUGUCCACAGCCACUAAUGUAUCACCUAUUGCUAAUCAGCCCCGUCCAUUGUCUCAAUUUUUGACAGAACCACUACCGAAUCCUAACAAUCCUUUCCUUACCUCGAAUUCGUUAGCCUGGCCAACAACAGGCAAUGAUAACUCCUCUGCAAAAACUCUACCGGCUCCUACUAAACCAUCAUCCACGACCAACAACACAACAACCGGAAAUGAUUUGGAUAGCCGCCUUGCUGAAAUCGCUGACCAACUUUCUAUUUUCACUUCCAGUGCCACGGCAAGUGGGACAACUGCAACAAAUUCCGCCGUUGUCGCUAAAUCGCCGCCUGUUGCUAUGACAGCUGCGUCAUCAUCGAAUCCCUGGCUCGGACCUGGUGGGGUACUUCAACCCACGGCUGUUAAUAACUUUGCUUUAACCACCAAUCAGACUAGUGUUUACAGACCACAAAUGCAACCGUCUUACUCCCAGCAACAACAGAUAAUUUAUCCUGCCCAGAAUCAGUACGCAUUAUCUCAGAAUCCUAACGCGAAACCUCCGACGAAUCAAAUUGCAGCCUUCAAUAUGCAUCAACCAAUGAAUGCGUUCCCUCCCGUCCAAUCAUCAACAUCGGCCUACUCAAUGCAAUCUCAAUUCAGGUUUCAACAAAGCCAGCAGCAAGUAUCAAAUACCGGUAAUACGGCACCUGCUUACAAUCCACUGAAUCCUUUCCUUUGA